UGUUCCCUAAACCCCUACCCUAACUUUUCUUCUCUCUUCUCUCCUUUUACAGAUUCAUUCAUUUUACAAAAAAAAUUGGUCUCUCCCGCUCUCUCUCUCUCUGUGAACUCUGAACCUGCCUUUCUCUCUUGCUCAGUCACCCCACAGCCUUAAACCCCCAAAACGAGAAAUUCAAAAUCAAAUUGAGAGGGCCGAAUGGGAAAAUACAUGAAGAAAUCCAAAAUCACAGGCGACAUCGCCGUCAUGGAGGUUUCAAUUUCACCUCAGUCCUCCCUCGGCGUUCGAACCAGAGCCAAAACCCUAGCCCUCCAGAAGCUCCACCAGCAGCAGCAGCAAUCGCCCGACUCCGAUUCCUCGUCUCUGUACUAUCUCCAGCUCCGAAGCCGCCGCCUUGAAAAGCCGCCGCUGCGAAGCGACGUCAACAAGCAGGCUCAGGGUCCUCGGGAUUGCUGCGCGGGGGGCAGGGCCGUGAAUUCGAGGUUGAGUGUGGGCUCGUCCGCGGAUUUGGGCUUGGAUGAGAGGAGGAAGGAGAAGGACGGGGAGGGGUGUUUUGGUAAUGUUGAAAGUGAAGCAGAGUAUGCCAACGAUGUUGAGGCUUCAUUUGGGGAAAACAACUUGGAUUUUGAUGGCAGAGAUAGGAGCACCCGAGAAAGCACGCCAUGCAGCUUGAUAAGGAACUCGGACUCUGUUGGAACCCCUGGUUCUACAACAAGGCGGUCAAGUUCUAUUGCAAAUAACCAAAGAGUUAGAAAUGAUACCCAAAGAACCAUUCCAACUGCACUUGAUAUGGACGAGUUCUUUGCCCAAGCUGAGCAGCAGCAACAGAAACUCUUUAUGGAGAAGUACAACUUUGAUAUUACCAGUGAUAUGCCCCUUCCAGGAAGGUAUGAAUGGGAGCAAGUGAUUCCCUAAGCGAGGCAAAUGUUCCGAUGCCCACAGUUUCUCAGUUAUCUUUUUGGUUGAGAAUUCGAAGCAAGUGUAGUAGUUAGUGGCUCAGCGUCUCAGAUCAACCUCAUAACCCCAUGUAAAGAAAUGUCAUCUGACUAUUUAUGACAAAUCUGUUAAUCAGUCCCUAGAGUAUAAACCCAGGAUUUUUGUUGAAGAGUGUAGGGAUCGUUUCAGAAGGGAUCGGGUGGUUGGUUUUAUUUCAUUGAUGGCUCUUCUGUCAAUAUCAAUUGGAGGGGUAUAUCUAAUUAUCUAGAUUUUCAAUUUGUCCUCUCGGAAUUAGCCUUUGUCUAUAUUUAGGUAGGGAUGACCGGAUGAUGAGCUCAUUGCUCUUUGGAAAUAAAUGUUACCUAAAUUUCCUUUCCCAUAUCUCCGUCUUCUCAAUUUCAUCUGAGUUUAAGUACCCAGCAUUCUAUUGAUGACUAAUUAAAUCAGUCAAACCUACCUGUACUUUUUGGUACAA